AUGCCAAAGUUGUACAGUGUAGUUCUUUCACUAUUAAUAUUUAGAGAUGUGAAUGCCCUGGUUCUGCGUGCGUACAUCUCACAGCAUGGCUUGCACGGGGAGAUCGAGUUCUCGAACAAAAACGAUACCCUCAUCAGCAUCCGCACCAACCUGAAGCCAACCCUGCAGUAUCCGGACGGAGUCUGGAGGUGGACUAUACACGAAUUCCCGGUGGACUAUAGAGAUCUCUCCAGUGAAAGGUGUUCUGUAAGUAACUUGGGCAGAGAACUGAUAGAUUUCACCGAAGAACUGGGUUAUUUGAUAAUACCGGGUAGAGACCACGCCGAGUUCGAAAGUAAGAACAGCCUGACUGGCUCUCUAGGAUUGUGGGGGAAGAGUAUUGUGUUGGAGACAGCAGAGAGUGACAGGAUCGUGUGCGCGUCGAUACUGUCGACGGAGAAGCUAUACGAGAAAACAGCUCACGCGAGAUUCUCAUAUCCCAUUGCGGGAUCACUAAACUUCCGAUGGUUGUACACCAAAGAUUUUGACGAGUCCGAUGCGUUUCUAAUAGCGGACUUGUAUCACACUAAAGCUGCACAGGAGAAGGCAGAUUACACUGAGCACAAAUGGAAGCUGUUCGUGACCGAUAUCUUCGAUUCGGACAAGGGGGACUACGAGGACAAUUGUAACGUGCUCCAAGCUGUGUUCGACCCGGAGAACAGUGGGGACGGCAUGAGUGUUGGUGACUUGGACACGAGGCUAGGGCUGGUGAGAGUGGCCACCGAUCCAAACGUGAAGAGAUUGAGGUGGUUGUACAAGGACGAAGUCUUGAGUAUGUUACGGACCGACAUGGAGGUGACGAGGAGGAGAUUGUACGUAGUGAUCUACGACAACAGACAUGCCGACAGCUUCCUCGCCUGCGCAAAGUUGAGGACGAUGCAACCGAAGAGCGCCAAGGCCCUGAUCAACAUGGACGGCGUAAGGGGCACGGUGGACUUCAGCCAGCGCUCGCCGUUCGACCCCACCUGGUCCAACUUCCAACUGGGCGCGGCCGACCAGGAGUACGAGUCGAACCUCCGCUUCGUGGGUUCCAUGCUGCAGUACAACAUACACCAGGUCCCGGCGCGGCUUCUGGGCCCCGAUCUGGUCCACUCCAUGUGCAACACCACCGGUGACCUGUAUAACCCCACUGGGAUUAACGCCAACGAGGUGCCACCACCAGGGAUGGGUACUUUGGACCAGUACCCUGUGGGCGAACUGCUCGGCAAGUAUAAGGAUCGCACGGAGUACCUCAACCACCGCUACCUCUUGCCUGGUUUGGCAAACGAGCUCAGCGGCGCCUACUGGGACACCUACCUGCCUUUGUAUGGGGUGCACAGUGUUAUGCACAGACCGUUGGUGCUCAAGAGGAGGGCUCCUAAGCAGGAGAUCUGCGGCACGAUCCUGUCAUAUGAGGACGGCACUGAGUACCAAACCCCGAUGACCUCCGCCCAAGUGGUCUUCAGAUACCCGAUUGUCGGGCGCGUCAUCUUCAGACAGCCCCUGGAACGACCUUGGGAGGACACGACCGUCAUCAUCGAGAGCAUGAUUCACGCGGACGGCGCGAACGUGAACAACUCAUUCGCCCACCGGUGGGCAAUCCACGAAAGUCCGCCCGGCAAGGACUACUACAACUGGACCGGGCGUUGCCUCAGCGCCGGCAAGAUGUUCGACCCCGCCAAACUGGACAUCGACACUCGCCACCCAGACCAGUACUGUCGUCCCGGCCUCUCGCUCUGCAGGGUGGGAGACCUCACCACCAGGCACGGGACUCUAGCAGUGGCAGGAAAGAAGCGGGACAGCGCUCGUCUCACUAGGAAACUCUUCACCGACAUCAACCUGCCUCUGGUAGGGAGGCAGUCGAUCCUAAGGAGAUCUCUGGUGAUAUACGACGACCACGGGCCCGUCGCCAGGGGAGAGAGGAUGGCCUGCUCAAUGAUAAACGGGCUGCACCGUCGCAAGGCCGUGGUAAGAGACUGGUUCGGCAACGGGCAGCGGGAGACUCCUGGCGGCCGUAUGGAGCUGCUACAGCAGUCAGAGUAUGACGUCACCAACGUCCAGGUCGACCUCACCGGCCUGCGGGACGCGCACAACUACAUGCUGCACGUGGCUCCAGUCGAACGGGAGAACGAGUUCCCCUGCGAACGGACAACCUUGUACGACGUGUACAACCCCUUUCACGUCAACAAAUCACUUAGCCCUCCUGUAAUGAAAGGCACGGCGGACCAGUACGAGCUAGGGGACUUUGGGGAUAAGUACGGCUUGCUUGACGACUUCAAAACUUUCAGCACGGCCUACAACGAGACGCAGAUGUCACUUUUUGGACCGUUCAGCAUAUUGGGGCGCUCCGUCGUCGUGCAUCAGAAGGCGAAGGGCCGCCGCUGGGCGUGCUCGAGCGUGGAGCGCGGCUACAGCCCGACGGAGGCGCGCGAGAUCCGCGGCAUCGCGUCGUUCCACCACCCGGGCGGCUUCGCGACCGGCUACGUGCGCAUGACGCAGCUCAUACACAACGACGGCAGCGCCAGCGACACCGUCAUCGAGGUCAAGCUGCGCCACCCGGGCGUCAGGGACCGCAACCUGACCCACAACCACAAGUGGGAGAUUUUCGUGAACCCCGUGGGCGUGGACGCCGCCGUGAAAGUGACCAACACGCGCUGUGUUGCCGGCGGUUACCGUUGGAAUCCGUACUUCACUCAACUCGCUGAUCCCCUCAACCACGAGCUUUACAGCGCGGAAUGUGGAGCUGACAAUCCUCUGCGUUGCGACGUCGGUGACCUCACUGCGAGGCUUGGCAUGCUAACGAUCGGUGGUGAGCGGCAGGUGUUCAUGGACAGCAACUUCCCCCUGGAGGGUGCGGUGUCCGCGAUGGGCCGCUCUAUCGUGAUCUUCGGGCCCGAGGGCAGCAGCGAGCGCUUCGCCUGCGCCAACAUCCAGCCGGACAAGGACAUCAUUAAAUACGUCAACGUCAUGAAACCGCCGAGAUUUGUGCUGGGUCAGUUCCUGGAGGAGUUCCGCGGCAUAAUGGGUGUCCCGCCCUGGAUGCUGGGCGUGGACUCGCGCAAGACGCGGGUGCUGCACCACGGCGCCUGCGUGCAACUGCUCCUUCACUUCGCGGGGCCCGACGCCAACCGCCUGGAGCUGGACUUCACCAGAUUGCUCGCAUCUGGUCGAUUGGACUCUCCCAGUAUCUUCAUCCCGGGUUACGUGAACACGAAACGCAAGAAGACCACCUCGUUUCGGCAGUGCGGGGUCACCGACCCCAACGACAGGAGCAAAAAUUCGUACUUUUCGGCGAGUCCACCUUCAGCGACAAGACCCUAUGUUCUUCGGAUCUCUCUUACACUAAUCGUAGCAAUGUUGUAUUUG